AUAAUAAAAGAGUUAUUGAAUUAUAAAUGGAGAGGGACCCACAAACCAACCAGGGGUAAGUUUCAUAUGGACUAAUCUACCAACCAAAUCACAAAAAUAGCAAUCCCACGAGGGCAUUUAUGUACACUCACAAGGCACUAGCAGCCCGUGAUUGGCCAAACUAGCCCUAUUAAAAAUUAACUUUUCCUUCCUGCAGACUACAGUCUACAGUACUCACCCAUCCGGAAGAGAGAGAGAGAGAGAGGCUACCUGCAAUUAUUCAAGUUCUAAACUGAAGAUGAUGAAACAAAAUCAGCUAGGGUUGCUUUAGUUGCCGACUGGCGAUCACCGUAAACAUUGAGAGUCUCGGAAUAUUAGAGAUCGGUCUGUUGAUUGUUCGUAGUGGGUGCUUCUAAAGAUAGAGAUAGAAAUCAGUCGAUGGCGAGUCUCCCUGUUUUGAAUCUAAAGAUUACUUGCUCUCCGUCUUGCUCUUCGCUAUCCGACGCAUUUACUGGGCACAUCAUGAUAUCUUCUUCGAAGGCGCGUAUGUUUUCCGGCGUUGGGAAGGGGAGCCGUGGCGGGGAGAAGGUAGUGUGUAAGUCGGUGAAGUUCAAAGGGACGCAGAUGAGGGAGAAGAGGCUGACGGAGAUGAUCGAGGAGAAGGUGAUGGAAGCGAAAGAGGUGUGCGAGGGAAACGAGAGCUCCGACGAAUGCAAGGUGGCCUGGGACGAGGUGGAGGAGGUCAGCCAAGCCAAGGCCGACCUCCGCCGGAAGAUCAUGGACAAAGAAGAUCCUUUGGAGUCUUUUUGCCAGGAGAAUCCGGAGACCGACGAGUGCCGAAUUUACGAAGACUGAUCGGAUUCAAUUUGCCGGCUAGCUGCAGCAGCUUCAAUUCCGCCGCUGAUUACCUGCUCUACUGCAACGAUGCCGUCGAUUAUAUAAUAGUGGUCUUAAGAUUGCUCAUUCCACUACUAAGAGUCCAUAUUGCUACUUCUUAUAUGUAAAAAUUAGGUAGGGGUCAUCUAAGUACGUUGUGUUUCUGUAAUAAUGUUGGGUGAUGCCCAAAUAAAAUGCUCAAAUUUGAUUCGACUUUAA